AUGUACGGCAAGGGUUCGGCUGCGCCGUCGCCCAUGUCACAUCCAAUGACAUCUUCUAUGUCAAUGGGAUGGUACUGGUCUGAUGGAUACAACUGGUAUCACACACUACCGGCCGGAGUUCCUGCACAGAGUACGGAACCUGGUUCGACAGCUCCAGCGGCUGCAUCAGGAGCCUCACAACCGAAUGUUCCUGGCCGCGCCCAGGCAGCGAAGGCAAGUGCACCGGCACCAAAACGGUCGGUCAAGCCAAGACCUGCCCCUGGUCGCACCAGUGGAGCCGGAGGGGACCCUGGAGAUGAUGGGGACGAUGACGAUGAUGAAAACAGCUCUUCGAGCUACACCUAUGAAACUGAAGAAGAGGAAGAGGAAGAACAGCGAGAAGAAGAUCCUCCAGAGGAGCCUCUUCCAACAAGACGGCCUAAGCAGGAGCCGAAGUCCCCAUCGAGGUCCAAGUCCCGGCCGCGCCGGACACAGAGCAAAGCUCCAUCGGUUGAAUCCUCUGUCGCAGCUACCGACGAGCUGCAGGACAUGCUGAGGAGGAAGGCCACGGCUGGCGAUCGGUCCAAGCCGGCCCUUCACCAAGUGAAGCUUGAAACCUUCACUGGACAACGGGGAGCAUACAAAGACUGGAAGCGUGUGCUUACAGCCCAACGCAGCCUCUACCAGCUCCAGGACAAGGAAUUGUCUAUGCUCGUCUACUUGAGUUGCAAGGGCGAUGCAAGACAGAUCCUAAAUCAAUUGGAAAUGGAGGAGAUGACUGCUGAAGGGGGGUUGCAGCGGAUGCUCUCGCUGUUGGAAGAAGCAUACGGAUCAAGAGCCGAUGAACGGUUCGAAGAACGGCAAGAGGCAUACCUCCAGUUCAGGAGAUCACCAGGAAUGCCAAUGUCUCAGUACAUUGCGUCCCUCAAACGUCUGAGGCAAGAAUAUCUUCGUGAGGAUGCUGAAACUGUGAUCUCCGACAAGGCCUUCGCGCAACGCCUUCUAUCCCGAGCCGGCCUCACAAAGAAGGAGCGUAUGGACUGCUUCUUCUCGGCCGGAGGAAGGUACAAGGCUAAGGACAUAGAGCGAGUGCUCCGAUUCCGAUGUGCCAAAGUUCAUGAGGAAGAAUCCCGGCGACCGGCUGCGUCCCGCGCCAAUGAUGAAUCCUCCGCAAGCCGAAGCUCCGGCUACAAGAGGUCCAAUAGGUCUGGUCGCUACCAGUACCGAGGGUCCACCAGAUACGGCCGUCAGGUCUAUCAUGCCGAUGAUGAUCUGGCCUACGAGGACGAUGAACAAGAACCUGGCGACGCCGAUGACGAAGAUUUGGAGGAAGAGGUGGCCUCCGGCCGCAUACCCGAGCAGGCCUACUAUGAGGACGACUACCAGGACUCUUGGCAAGAUGACUAUGGUGGCUACGGUCAGGAUUCCUACUGGCAGGCGGAUGGCGACUGGGGAUAUGACGACGACGAUGAGGAAGAAGAUGUCCCAUCCGCCACGACGCAUGACAUCUCCGAGGCAUACGCCGCCGGAUGGCGUGCCAAAGCUCAAGCAUCGGGCAACAAGCAGUCCCGGGGCUACAGAUCAAAAGGGUCUGGAAAGGCUCGAGUUCGAGGCCCUGACCGGCGCCAGGUGGAUGACCGCAAGAAACGGUCGGUCUGUUCCAGCUGCGGCAAUCAGGGACAUUGGAGAGGUGACCCUGAGUGCCCGAAGGUUGUUGCCGGAGAGGAUUCUCUGCAUCCACGACACCAGGGAGCCGGCGGCGUCAGUGAGGUGAAUGUGACUUUCAAGUCAGGUCCUCCCUCUUCACCAACUUCACCGAGUUUCUCAUCACCCCGGAAUCCAGGCCAUAAGGAACCUACGUCUCCAACCAGCUCAAGCCUGCCGGUGAAGGUGGAAGAACCGCCUGCGAAAGUCACCAAGACGGAGCCGAAACCUGAGACCAAGGUCACUCGAGUCAAUUGGACUAUGAUGGUUGGAAAUGACCACAGUCCUUGGGAGCUUCUGCAGGAUUACGACUCUGAUGAGGGGGACAACUCCAUGGCUUCAAUCUCAGAUGACGAGGAACCCCCGGCCUUGCCGCCAACUUCCAAUGCUUCUGGCUCUGACAAGCCACCGAGCAAGGCAGAGUACAAGUUGGCUCUCAAGACAGUCCUCAAGGCUCUGGACUAUGAUGAUGAGGAGGUGGAGCGACACUCCAAGAAGAAACCUGGCAAGGAGGUCAAGCUUCGGCCUGGGGAACUGCUUCAGGCUCUGCCACACAUGGACAAGGCAGAGAAGCGGGAACUCUACAAAGCCUUGAAGGCCGAGCAGGAGACCAUUGCUGAGGAGUCAGUUCAACGGGCUCCUCCUACAUCUGACAAGUUGAAGAGGGCCAACCAACGUGCCGGUGGCUACCGUGCGACUGCUUCGUCUUCAUCUGCCCCUGCUGCACCAACCGCGGCUGCGCCGCAGGAACCACAGAAGGACGUGCCUGCGGCCGUCCGCAAGAAGCAAUUGGCUACUUUCCGCCGUACUCUUUUUGAAAAUUCCUUGAGUCGGCGCGGCCAUGUUAAGCCUUCGCAAGCUUCAGAAUAUCCAACUGCUGAGCAAGAAGCGUGUCCCCACAGUUUUGAUGAUCUGAGGUGGGGUGCCAACAACAGUGCUCACUGGGCUCAUUGCAAGCGCUGCAAGUUGAAGCGGGUGCUGUACUACUCAAUGGAUCACGGUGCCAUGAUGGUUGGUGAAGAUCUUCAAGAGGUCUACAACAUGGGACCAUCACUUUCACCAGGUGAGGUCAUUGUUGAUACGGGAUGCAGAACAUCUGUUGCAGGCUGCGCCUGGCACAAGAUGCAUCAAGCAGCUAUCCGAAGAUUGGGUCUCCAGUUCUUUGAAGUUGGCCAAGAGGAGACCUUUCGUUUUGGAGCUGGUCCACCCAUCCUCAGCCGGAAGGCUUACCUGUACCCAUGCUUCACGCAUGGCCAACCUACUUGGCUUCGGAUUUCCGAGGUGGACGGCGCUGCAGCAUCCUGCCCUGGCCUCGUUGGCCCCAGUGAAAUGGCCCGGUGGAGCGUGGAGUUGCACUUCAGCGACCGUACCAUGGUUGUCUUUGGAGAGCAGCGACCCAUGUGCCUGAGUGUGACACGACACCCAGUGUUGCAGCUGCUUGAGAUCCAGCCACACCAGGCAGACCCAUCUUUGUGGGGUACACCGGACCUCCAACAACAAAAGCACAUCUUGAAAGAGAAUCCACACCAGAUGGCAUUCCUGGAAGGUGGCUCACCUGAUGGGCACCAAUCUGACCCUGAAGAAUCUGACCACCCGGAUGCUUCCGAAGUGCCUCCUGAGACGCAAGAAGAAGAGACGUGGGAUCUCACUCCUGCCAAUGUUGGGCCCGAACAGUUGGCUUUGAUGCAAGAGAAGUUGGAGUAUGAAACAUCAGUCACUGAGGUCUUGAUGAAAGAUGCUUUUGUUGCAUCCGCGGCUGCGCCGGAGGAUCCAUAUGACUCUGAAGGGAGCAUCUCAGGUGGAAUCUCCGAGACAUCACAUGAGCUGGGUGCCCCAGCUGAAACUGAUUCUGGGAGCUCCACUGACGAAGAGCUUGAGGAGAGGCAUGGGGAGUUUGUCUUUGCCCCGCACAAGGAGCCGUUCUCCAAGGGCCAACGACGCAAGGUGACCAAUGCAGCCAAUCAGAUCUUGCUGGGGUUCGAUUGCGAGAAACAGGCCAAGCGGGAAUUCCAUAUGGCCCAAGAGGUGAAGGUUCCCCGACCUCUGAAGCGCCGUACCGGCUGGAAGAUCCUGGAGGUCUUUACCUGGACUUGUUUGCUGAGCCGCUUGGCCGAUUCCUGGGGAUGGGAGUUUUGUGAACCCAUCACCAUUCCCAACUGGGAUCUGCGCCAGCAAUCUGACAUCAAGGCGGCCUUGGACUACGUGGAUCGAUGUGAUCCGGAUUUGCUGGUCAUCGCUUGGCCGUGCACCCGGUGGAGUCCCAUGCAGAACAUGAACAUCAAAACCGAGGCCCAACGUCAAGCUCUGGCGGCGGGACAACUGAAUGAGCGCAAGACUUUCCUGUCCUUCACACGACGUGCUGUGCUCAAGCAACGGGCACGCCGAAAGGCAGUCCUUGGUGAGAAUCCGCACCCUUCAAAAGCCUGGAAGCAGCCAGAGAUCAUCGAUGCCUUUGAAGGACUGCCACAAGCGGUGAUGGACCAAUGUAUGUAUGGUCUCAAGCAUCCAGAGAAUGGUACGCCGAUUCAGAAGGCCACCAGAUGGAUGGGCCAAGAAGAGGUGCUUACCUACCUCCACACCCGCUGCUCCGGAGACCACGACCAUGAGGUCAUUCAAGGCAAUGUGCGCGUGGGCGGCAGGACAGUCAAACUGUCCGAAUGGUGUGGGGGCUAUUCCCUUCCUCUAUGUGAAUCCAUCAUCCGAGGAGCGGAGCUCUACCUCCAAUCAGACUCUCGAAAUGCGACCUAUUACCACAAUGAGGUCAUGGCGGAGGAAUUGAUGAUGGAUGGAGAAGAAGUACAAGAACGAGCGGAGGAAGAAGAAGAAGAGCCAGAUACAAAUCCAGAAUUCCAAGAACCCCGGAUGCUUCCGGAGGACAAGCAGGAAAAGGACAUAGAGGAUUUACUCGAUGAGGCAGUCGAGGAUCCGGAAUCAGCGGCCCAGCAAUACGCUGAACGGCAUGCACAGAAGGAUCCACCACCGGCUGCGCCGGACCACCGAAGAUUUCAGGUUGCACCUGAAGUUCGCAAAGCCGUGGAACAAGCCCACAGACAACUUGGGCAUCCUUCAAGAAACACUUUGGUUCGCAUGCUGCGUCUUGCGGGAGCCACGGACGGUGCCGUCGAGCACGCAAAGCUUUGGCGAUGUGAUGUUUGUGCUAGUCGAGCACCUCCUAAACAUCCAACCGCUGCGGCUCCUGGCCUUCGUCCUUAUGGUUUCAAUCGGCACCACUUGGUGGACCUGAAGUACUUCCGAGAUUCCCGACGGAAGCUCUAUGUGGCAUUGUCCAUGCUGGACGCUGGAACUCUUUUCCAUCAAGCAGUUCUCCUCAAGACUCGUCGCUCGGAAUACUGUGCUGACAAGUGGCACAAACACUGGCUGUGCAUCUUUGGAGCUCCAGCCAAGAUCCGGUUGGACCAGGGAGGUAAAGGCUUCGCUCAUAUGAAACAGGCUCUGGCCGCAGCCAUAGCAGCUAAGAACCAGACCGUCAGCCGCGACGGCUACACGCCAAACCAGAGGCUGUACGGCCAAGAGGUCCGCUUCCCGGGCCUGACGGACGAGGAAGAAAGACUGGGUUUUGCCGAGUCCAUCGGUACUGAGGGCGAUGUCGCACGGGCACAUCGACUUCGCCAUUCAGCCCGCCUGGCCCUGCUGCGAACAGAUGUGCAAGACAAACUCCGGCGGGCCAUCUUGCGUAGGCCGAAGAAGUCUACAGAGCCUUUCAUUCCAGGAACCCAGAUCUACUACUGGAUUCCCCAAAAGGGGCAACGCCGCUAUGCAAGUGGCCUGUGGCGUGGGCCGGCUACAGUUCUUGUUCGAGAAGGCCAAACCCGCUACUUCGUGUCCUGGCGAGGACGGUGUUUACUCCUAGCCGAGGAGAACAUGCGGUUGGCCACAGGUGAGGAGCUAGCCCUCCAAUCACCGAUGCCCGAACAAGACCUCAAGGAAUUGGCACGGAUCCUUAAGGACCCCGAAGGCACCAAAGGCUUUGAAGAUGACUCCAAUGCGGCUGCGCCGCCAAAGCCUCCACCACCUCGCAUGUCUGCUUCCAGACAACUCUUAAGAGCACAAGGGCAAGCUAUGAUGCGAGGGCUUCGAAGUGCCAAGCGCCUUUUGAGUGUGCUGCCUCCAACAAGACAGAAUUCAACCAAACGACGGAAGAUGAUCGCCGACGGGCAGCGCCCUAUGGCAUUACCUCCUCCAGAAGCUCCGAGAGAGAGGUUGCAAUUGCCAGGUGUGGCCGCCAGAGCUUUAGCCCCACCUGAACCUGAUCAUCAACCUGAUGAUGUUUCUCCAGUACCAACCACUCCUUUGGAUGACACUCAAGCGGAGCCACCGCAGGUAUUGGAUGAGGAGCUGCAGAACAUUGAAGUUCGGCGCAGACAUCUCCUCGAUGAUGUUCCAAUCUCAGUCAAACGAAAGGAAAUUCCAAGAGCAGAUCCGUCCACGGAUCACGUUCACAAGAAGCUCCGGGUGGCCUAUGUUUUUGCUUUGGCCAGCAUGUUCCAAGGACAAGAUGCGCCUCAGAAUGAAUGGCUGUCCAAGUACGAAGUGGCCAUGCUGAAAAGCCUCACCGGUUUGGAGGUUACCUCCGCGCGGUUGCACCGUGCUCCAAGGAAGAGAAUGCAAGUACCCACGAAAGCUCGAAACCGAGCACGAACAAGCGUGCUGAUUGGGCAAGACCCUUCUGUGACCCUCGUGGUAGAGGAGAAUGCGCAGGAGGUCACCAUGCAUCCAAAGAAGAAGGCACCUUUCCUCUGGACUGGUUUGACCAUCUUUCACCGUGAAAAGAACCACAAGUCACAUCGGGUCUACGUUGAACUUCCUGGGGGCCUCAUUGAGGCGAAGAUGCACCCGGAAGAAGCUGCAGAAUUUCAUACCCUGUGGUGUGAGGAAAUCCGAGAUCUACUGGUCGCUGAUGCACUGGUCUUGCGACUGAAGGAGAACAAGAAGGAACUAGAUCCCAAGUUCUUCAACUCCGAGGAACAGGAAGCCUUUGAAAGGGCUGACCAAAAGGAAUGGUCGCAAUGGUUGGCCAACAAAGUGGUGCGAUUCCUUCAGCCGGACGAAGCAGCCCGGGUCCCAAGAUCUAAGAUCUUUCGAGCUCCCAUGCGCAUCGUGAGAGUCAACAAAGCUGCAGAGAAAUUGGCACCUUUGGUGGCGAAAUCCAGACUCAUUAUUCCAGGCCACCUCGACCCAGAAAUCGGAACAUACCGAACAGACUCUCCAACUGCAGCCACUAUGACCACAAGGUUGAUCAAACUUCUGGCUGCGUCCAGAGGCUACCAGAUAUACAGUUUUGAUGUUUCAACCGCUUUUCUCAGUGGGAAAGCCACAGAAAGAGAGAUCUAUGUCCGAGCUCCCACCACCGGUCUACCCCGGGUGGGUGAACAUCGAGCUAUCCGGCCUCUGGAAUUGAUGCAAGUACUCAAGAGCGCCUAUGGGCUGACUGAAAGUCCACGUUUGUGGUACUUGGAGGCCAAGGAUGGCAUGGAUGAGGUAGAGCUGAAAGAACUGGCUGCGUCCAGAAGUGUUUUCCUUGCCUCCGACAAGGGUAAGACUUGGGCCAUCUGCGCCCUUCAUGUCGAUGAUGGCCUUCUAGUUGGGGAUGACAAGGAUGAGAAAUUUGUUAAGCUUCGGGAGAAGAUCAACCAGCGUUUUAACAUCAAGGAAUGGCAAUUCCUCGAAGAAGGAAAACCUUUGAAUUUCCUGGGAGUCGAACUCCACAAGGAGAAGGACGGUUUCACCGAUCGUAUGGACAAGUAUGUCCAAGGGAUAGAACCCCCGGACGCUCCGAAGGGGAAGCCGGAAACUCCUCUGUCUCCCGAGCAGGUGACAACUUUGAGGAGGUUGGUUAUGAAAAUGAGAUGGCCAGCACAACACACCAUGCCGCAGAUUCUGUAUUUGGUGUCACGCCUGGCGCAGUCCAUUAACCACGGCACUAUCGCCACUUUCAACGAAGCCAUCAAGGUCCUGAACCUCAUGAAGGAGGAAGUCCACCGGGGACAUGGUCGCCUUUGGUACAGGCACAUCCCAGAGAAGGAGCUGGCGGUCUUCACUUUCUUCGAUGCCAGUCUUGGAAAAGAGGAGCAAGGACGCUCUCAACUUGGAUCAAUCCACUUCGUUGGAUCUGCAAAGGCAUCUCAGGGCCCUGCUCCUGCAAGUGUGGUGGAUUUCACUACAAACAAGUCCACAAGAGUGGUACGAUCUUCAAUGUCGGCAGAAGCCCUUUCACUUUGUACUGCGGCUGACAGGCAUCUCUACCUUCGACUUAUCUUACAGAUGUUGCUCACUGGAGUUCAAGAGAUUGCCCCGACAUGGCGUCAGCAUUUGAAAAUUCCUGGAAGUGUGAUCACUGACGCAAAGAGCCUUUUUGAUCAUCUGGUGACUACAGGCCAGAUCCCUACAGAGCGUCAAACGCUUUUGGAUCUCCUCGUUUGCAAGGAUUUGGUGGAAAACAACGUGGUAUUGAUGCGAUGGGUCCCUACAUAUCGGCAAUUUGCCGACUUCCUGACAAAGAUGAUGGCGCCGGUGCUCUGGGCUGAGUUCAUGAGAAGUGGACGUAUCAGCCUGAAAGAAACCGCAGAAGAGGCAAAGGAAGAAGAAAGACGUCGCGGUCUACGAAAAGCCCAGCGGCAGCGCCGCAAGGACCGCAUGAAGGGACUCGAAGCUAAUAGCCCGGCUGCGUCCGGCAAAUCUAUCCUGGCUGCGUCCAGUCGAUCUCGGUUGCCAAUGCGCAACUUUUGA